AUGGCGGAAUCACCGUCGCAGAGUGGCGCAGAGCUUGUUACUCAUCAAUCUCCUGCUCAGCAAGCUGAAUCGGAUCUGGCGUCUCUCGUUUUCGAAAUGUCACAGCAAGUUCAGAUGGGAAUGGAGAACAUGCUCAAGUUGGUCAAUGAGAUCGAUCAAAACUCUGUUGGAAUCAAGGAAGAGAUCGAGAAAUCAAAGGAAUUUGCUCUGGAGAAGAAAAGGGUUCUUGAGGAAGAGAAAGAACAGUUUCAGAAAGCUGCUUACACUAUUCUAGACAUGCUUAGCAACCGAGACUGA